AUGACGCAUCCAACGAUCUCCGAGCUCGUGCAGUCCCCAACGACGAUCAGCAGCGAAUACGCACGGGAUCCUACUGAAGAACCCGGGAAGAUCGCAAAACGAUUGUACCAGCACCUCACCCAAACUCCACCCCCACCUUCCAUUCAAGGCAACUUCGGCCCCAUCUCCCCCAGUCCCCUCUUCCACUCCAUCUACCAAUCGAUAUUAGAGAAGCUCGCAGCGUCGGGUGAUGCAUUAGCCGGAAUGGUAUCGCCCCCGCUCAUCGCAACGUCCGGCGUCGUCCCGCUCACGAUCAUCGCGCCUCUUCCUGAUAUCGUGAAACACAUGUCGAACUGCAUCGUGCGCGCGCAGAAGGAGGUGUUUCUCGCUACGAAUUUUUGGAUUAGUAGUGAUACGUCGAGGAUUGUUACUGAUGCUUUUAGGGAGCUUAAUCGUCGAGUUGGGGAGCGUGGGGGGGAGAAGGUGGUGGUGAAACUGUUGUAUGAUAGAGGAAAUGUGAAACAAGCGAUUACGCAUCAUCAGCAUGUACCUCCAGCUACGUAUACUGGACCGAAAGUGAAUUUACCUGCACCAGAGGAGAUCCCGAACAUCGAUAUGCAAGUGGUGAACUACCACGUCCCCCUCGUCGGGACGUUCCACUCCAAAUUCAUGGUCGUCGACCGCGAGGUGGCGUUGUUGAUGUCGAACAACAUCCAGGACAACGAUAACCUCGAGAUGUGUGUGAGGCUGGAAGGCCCCGUCGUGGAUUCGCUGUAUGAUGUGUGUUUGGCGUCGUGGAGUACGACGCUUGACCCACCGCUUCCGUGUAGGGAUACUCCGGCGUCGGGGAAGCCGUUGCCGUCGUAUGCUGACCCCGAGUUCCUCGCACUAUUCACAUCCGAUUCUACCACUGAAUCCGUUUCACUCCCGUCUGUCGUCCAAGCCGGGCAUGAGUCCCUUGAUCUUCCAGAACACCUCCCAGGGGACCCGCAUUACGACUCGACAAUCGCAGGUGAGAUCCGGCGGAUCCAAGCCUCGUAUGCACCGAAAUCAGGAGAAACACAUCUCCAGGCUGUGGCUCGCCAUUUUAACGUAACUCCUGCGCAGAAAGCUGACGGGGGUGUGCAACCGAGUGCUCCGGAACCGGCGGGGGACUCGUUAGUCCCGUUCGCGGAGAUGACGCCGUAUAUCCCACUUCCUCCAUCUGCGUUCCCUGGUCCUAAUCCCACUUCCACCCACACUCUCACUCCGAUCCCGAUGCUCAUAGCCUCCCGUGCCCCCCUCGGCUCUCCCACGUUCUCCGUCCCCCACGCAGUGCGGUACCCCCAGAACGUCGCGUUCCUCGAAGCGGUACGGGGAGCAAAAGAGACAAUAUUCAUCCAGACGCCGAAUUUGAACGCGGAGCCGCUGUUGCCGGAGUUGGUGGCGGCGGUGAGGAGGGGGGUGGAGGUGGAGGUGUGGGUGUGUUUGGGGUAUAAUGAUGCGGGAGAGUUGUUGCCGUAUCAGAAUGGGACGAAUGAGAUGAUUGCGAAUAGGUUGUUUAAUGAUCCGGGGUUGCUCCACCCCGCGUCCAAUGAUGGUGACCCGGCCUCUCACUUCCCCUCUGAAUCCAAAACUCAUGUAGCCUCCGAACCUCACACACACUCCGAAGACUCAGACUCAGACUCCGCACAACCACAACCACAAGUACAACAACCACUGACAGCACAACAACUAGUUCUAACAAACGAAGAAAAAUCCCGGUUAAAGAUAUACAACUACGUUGCAAAAGACCAGGAUAGACCGAUACAUAAUAAGUUUAAGAAGAGGAGUUGUCAUAUAAAACUCCUCAUCAUCGACGCCCACCUCGCCAUCCAAGGCAACGGCAACCAAGACACCCAGACCUGGUUCCACUCCCAAGAAAUCAACGUCCUCCUCGACUCCCCCGAGGUGUGUAGGACGUGGAUGGAGGGUGUGCGGAGGAAUCAGGGUACUGAAACCUACGGUCGAGUAUCCUCCGUGGACGGGUGUUGGCAUGAUCCCAUUAGCGGGGAGAUGGCGGAGGGCGCGAUUGGGGUUGAUCCUGGGAGGUUUUCGUGGGCGAGGGGGAUGGUGGGGGCGGUGCAGAGGGUUAGAGGGGCGGGGGGGUUUUAG